AUGGCACCGUCCGCUACCCCUUCAGAGCAGGGCUCUGCACGGAUCGGCCCACACCCGUCCUACAUCGAGAUCGCGAAGCCGUACAUUCUCCAGUCACGCAUACAGGCUUGUCUUUCGUCCAUUCAGAUGUCUGACGCCAAAGAAGACUCUGUGCGGCUGCAAGGCGUGUCUUGGAUCGACACGGUACGACGCGCCUUGUCGCUGCCGAUUCGCACCUUCAACACCGCCGUCAUUUACUACCACAAGUUCCGGCUGCUACACGCCGACAAUGAGUACAAUUGGGCCGACGCAAGCGCGGCGGCGCUCUUCACAGCGUGCAAAAUCGAAGACACGCUCAAGAAGAGUAGAGAAAUCCUGUGCGCAAACUGGAACCUGAAGGUUGGGCCUGGAGAAGCGUUGAGCAGCGACGAUCCCCGGUUCGACAUACAUUCCAAACAGAUCAUUGGGCUGGAGAGACUUAUGCUGGAGAGUGCGGGGUUCGACUUUAGGAACCGAUAUCCGCAGAAGCUCAUGGUUAAGCUUGCGAGGGCUGUGAAAUUUGAUCAGAAUAACGAGGGCAAGACGGCGUGGAAUCUGAGCGUGGAUCUAUAUAGGACGUUUGCGCCGCUCAAGCAGAACACGCCGACGCUGGCGAUUGCGUGCUUAGAAUUGGCCGCGCGUCUGCAUGAGAGGGACGCUGAGGCGCUGGUGGAUAGAGGCGCAUGUAGGUAUGCAAAGUGGGGGACGAGUCGAGGAGAGGUCAUGGAAACACUUCUCGACCUCCUCGACCUCUACACGCAUAACCGCUCAGCUACCUCGAUCGGCCCUCUCUACACCCUCGAAACGUUCAUCAACAUUCGCAUCACCCUCAAUACCGAAGCCUCGCGCCUUUCGCUCCCACGCUUCACUCACUACGCCUCCGAGACGCCUUCCACGACUAUCUCACCUGCUACACCAGCAGCUGUGAACGGUCUGAAAUCACGCAAAGGCGUUGAUACAACGAGUCCGAACACGCCUGCCACGCCAGGCACCAUCUCGCCUAGUCAACCAGACGCCAGUGUAAUUGGGGUGCGAGGACAAAAUGGGACAGUAAGGUUCAUGCUUGAUGCAGCGCGCGCCAGGGACGAGCGGGCAGAGGUCGAGAAGUACUACAAAGUCGAAGAAGAAGAGUACGAGGUCGAAGUUCCCAACGAUAAGGCCGAAGACGGGGACAGAGACAGGAGGAGGGUGCGUUGA